AUGGCCGAGUGGUUAAGGCGACAGACUCGAAUGACUUCGACAUCUGUUGGGCUCUGCCCGCGCAGGUUCAAAUCCUGCUGGUGUCGAAUCUUUUGGCUUUCCAGCGACCUCGUUCGCAGAACCAUUUUUCCUUUUCCUUUCAGUUCCCCGUUGACAGAGCCAUACAUCUUGUCGAAUUUUCUCCCAGCCGGUGUAGUCACCUUCCGACUAAAUGACGAUGUCCUGCACUGUGAGCACAAGCACGUUGAUGACGGGUGGCACCAAUUCGCUGCGCGAGAUCUCCUCCAGCGUGUAGAGGCUGCAGAAGAUGAGCUUCUGCUACGCUGGAUAGACUUCCUGGCGUUGAAUCAGUUCAUUCUACCGACCUGCCGAAGGGAUGAAAAAAUACUAUCCGCUCUCCAUGUCCGACUUUACCUAAUCCCUUACGAUCUUCCGGGUGCACGGGGUGAGCUGCGUGCUCGGCAUUCAAGCAUCGUGAAGGAGGCAGGUAAGGCGCUGAGAGGCGUCAUGGCGAGGCUAAUGCAAGACGAAAAUCUAUGGCAAGGGCGCAUUGUUGACUCAGAUAAUAGGACGACCACGAGGAUUUAUAGUGACCUCCCAUCACCAGAUCUGCAAAGCUUAUGCGGAGAGCUCACGCAAAGCCAGACGUGUGUAGACAUACCAAGCAUACUGUCCGGAGGCCGUGUUAAAGGGCUCCGGUCCUCUCUCUUUGGCUACCAAGCCGAAUCCGUUCUUGCAAUGCUGGGCAAGGAAACAAACAAAUCGGCUAUCCCAGAUCCCCUGUAUAUACCUUUACCGGGGAUGAACAGACAGUCAUUCCAUUUACGCCCCGGAGACAUGGAGAUUCUGAAAGAGCGACCAACGCUGGCGCAAGCGCCCGGCGGCGUGUUAUGUGAAGAACUAGGGACGGGAAAGACGGUCAUGGUGCUCGCACUCAUCUUGGCCACCCUAGAUCAGAUGUCGCAACCUGAGGAGUCUAUUUGGGACCCGCGUCCCGUCAUGACGCCCUUGUCUUUCAGGAAUUUUCCCUUUAUCGAAUGUACCGAGUCUAGAAGGCGUUUGCGCGUGCGGAGCCAUCGAGCCUCAACCAGCGAACAAAAUCAGAUCCCGUCGCUCACUGAACUGCUCCUCCAUUAUGUUCGUGUCCAUCCAGAAAGUACGGGAAUGCGCGGGGAAGAGCAUUCCCUCGAACACCUGCCAAUAUGGCGCCUUCAACGGGCAAACUGCCCAUUCUACUAUCACUUCAAAAUCGAGGUCCCAGACCAGCAUAGAGUGUCGAGGAAGCCUGCUAGACCGGGACCUAGAAAGAUGUAUCUUACAUCGGCGUCGUUGAUUGUGGUACCCAUCAAUCUUGUAGGCCAAUGGGACAGCGAGAUCCACAAACACUGUGAUGCCACACUACGGGUGUUCAUUGGCUGGCCUAAAGUUGCCCUACCCCGUGCAUCCGAGCUAGCAUCGAAUUACGACAUUGUCCUGCUAAGCCACAAUCAUCUUUCUUUGGCCAAAGCAGAUGUAUCGCAAUUAUAUUCGUGGAACACAUGUGUCUGUCCCACCUUUCCUGGCGCACGCGUGCCCGACUGUCAUUGCGACGAGCAAACGAAAGUGUCGCCCCUGCUCCAAGUGCGAUGGAAGCGUCUAGUUGUUGACGAGGGCCAUGUAUCUGCUGCAAUUACCACCAACCUCUCACACUUUACGUCCGUGUUAAGUGCGGAGCGCCGGUGGAUCGUAACCGGUACCCCCACUACGAAUCUGUUGGGCUUAAGUUUCGGGAGUUCUGGAGAGUCUGAAAGUCAGGUUCAAGCCUGUCAAGAUACCGCCGACCUGGACACGUCUAGCUCAGACACUGGCAACUCUGUCGCACCCCAGGCUCGAAAAUGGACUGCCGACGAUCGCGAGGAUCUGCGGAAGCUUGGCACUAUGAUCUCGCACUUUGUUCGCGUACCUCAUCUCACGGACGCCUCUGUCUUCAACAAGUAUGUGGUGGCACCGCUAUUCCAUGUGGACGGUCCUCUUCCUGGCGCGAUCCAAGUCCUCACUCAGGUGAUGUCAAUGAUUAUGAUCAGACAUCGCAUCGAAGACGUGGAGAAAGAUGUGGUCCUGCCCCCUCUUCGACAUGAAACGGUUCUGCUGGACUUGGACCCAUACGCAUUGAAAUCAUAUAAUGCCCUUCAAGCUGCGAUUGCAAUCAAUGCAAUUGAUUCUGAACGUGUCGAUAGAGAUUAUCUCUUCCAUCCCUCGAAUGUAGAUGCACUUUUACAAGUCACCGAAAACAUAACCCAGACAAUGUUUUGGCAUACAGACGCUGCUUCAUUUAGCACUGAAGAACUUAGUCGCGCGGAAGCCGGUACCGUAGAGAGAGCCAUUGCUAGAGGGGUAUCGAAGGAAGACACGGAACUUCUAACUGAGGCCUUCCAGCACAUUCGAGCGGCAGCCUCUGACCCGCUGUGGAGAGCUAUGCAGGCCCAUCCAGACGUACAGUACCGCGUGCAGAACAUGCCUUUCAGCUUAUACCGUGUUUGGUCAAGACUUCAGUGUCCGUCAGACCCCUCUUCAUCCGAGAACACGGAGAGCUUCUUGCAACCUGACCGCGUCGUUCGGCUGCGAGAGAUGGUCUUGGCUACCCCUCUCGCAUCUGAGCGGAUCCUCAUCCGGUGGGGCCAACUAAUCGCGGAUGAAGAUCGUGCGAAGCAGACGCUGCACCUCCUCCACGAGAAGUCGCUGAAGUCCAAUCGCAAGAAGAAGGAAGACGCAGUGGACAGCGCUGCUCUGAAGGCAAUAGAUGUCGCCAGGAAAGAGAAGGCCCCGGAGAAGGUUAAGGAAGUCCUUCUGGAGUUGGAGGCUGCCCAGGAGAGAUUGGCUCGAGCUAGAGAGGGCCUCGAAGAGCUGGGGGAUGACACAAAUGUCCCGCAUGGCCUCGAAUCUGACGGCUCUUCUGCGAUAAGAAGUUCAUUCCUUGCGCGUUCGCCUGUUGCAGGCGCAAGGAUCGGUUGGACAACCUCGUCGAAGCUGGAUUACGUUCUUCGCGAGGUUAUGCAAUAUGCAUCAACGGAGAAAUUCCUGAUCUUCUCCAAGAUGACUCUUUCACUUGCGUAUAUCGCCGAAGGCCUCGACGUAAUUGGUGUUAGAUACCUACAAUUCACGUCGAACGUGGAUGUGCAAGUACGGCGACAACUGGUCAUGACUUUCCAGAGUUCGGACAAGUAUCGGGUGUUCCUUAUGGACCUGAAGCACGGUGCUCGGGGAUUAAACCUCACGGCGGCGUCGCGUAUUAUUUUCUGUGAGCCUGUCUGGCAGGCUGACGUUGAGAGUCAGGCUAUCAAGCGGGCCCAUCGUAUCGGGCAAACAAGGCCAAUCACCGUCAAGGCUCUCGCUAUCCGGUCCACCUCAGAAGAAGCAAUGGUAGCUAGACGCGAAGCUCUGAAGGAUGAAUCGGGCAAAAUGCCACGCUUGGUGCAAGAGAGUGGGAUGCGCCACUUCAUCGCACAUCCGAAGUUCCUGAAGCAGGCGGCGGACACUUCCACUGAGAGGGGGCUGGACAUGCCUUUACUUCCAGUACCAGACCCCGUGUCGGAGGGAAGUACUACGGCCAAGCCUUCAUCGUCUGCUUCAGCUGUUCAACAAUUGAACACGGUCAGAGAUGCUGUCGAUGCGGUGAACCACAGCAUCCAUAGUCCGCAAGGACCCCCAACAAAGAAAAGGACGAUACGUUUUGCGGACGUGGACACGAUACAGGCAGCGGAUCAUGCUAACUGACCAUUGGAGACGCGCCUGGUAGCGCUUCGGGGCAUCAUCAUAAUGUACUAGUAGCGCGACCAACUCUGCGGUUUACCGAUCCGGGGCAGAGACGGGUAUAGGGAGGUUUGGUGAUAAUUAUGCGGUAUAGAUCAUGGAUUAAUUUCUAGAUGUUGUAUUACCUGCUUUCUCUCCGUGUACAGAUACAGUUUCUGCCGAUUUCAACCCUGCAGAGUCAGGACCCCCG